CUCACUUCGUGGGGCCCCCCACGUAGGACAGACAUUUCUCAUUCAGUCCUCCCCUCUCUCCCCCUUUUCCCGCACCCACUAUCCCACGCCGCCUCUUUCUCUCUCCUGCUCUCGCCUCUCUUCCUCCUUCGUCUUCGACUCCGUGACGCCCAUUCGUCUCCCAGUUUCAUUUUUCCCUAUAAAGUUCAGCGACGCGGCGGCACAAGCUUCCAUAGCCUGAGGAACUUGCAAAUAAAGGUGAAGCAGAACAUUAUGCCAUGAUUAUGAAGGACAAAAGACCUAUAUGUAGAGCACGAUGCGAUAAGCCGCCUGGUAAUUUGCAUGGAACAUGGAACGUAAUGAAGAUUGUGCGUCUGAGUUCUGUCGAGUCUCUCUCUCGAUUGCACCGUUUCUUUUUAUACCCUGCCCCACAAAAUUCUCAUCAGCAAAAUGAGUGGGGAAAAUUCAUGUCUUUCCUUCGAACAAAUGAGAGGGUUGCUGUAUGCAAACAUGGUAUCUAUGAACUCUACUUGUUUACUUCUGCACGGAGCACUGAUUUCACACAUGGGGUUGUUGCUCAAAUGCAUAAUGCAGUCGGAGAAAAAAUUGUGAAUGAUCAUACACUAAUAAACACUCAAAAACCUGGACUCAAACCGGCAAAGAGUUGCACCCAGAGUAGGCAUAACUCUUCUGGUGACGCUGCUAUCUCAAAUUUUACUGCUGCUGAAGGCUCGAUGACCACAAGUCCUGAAAAGAAAGAGAACAUGGUUUCUUCUGGAAAAAACUAUGCACUCACUGAUCCAAGUUAUUUGAAGACGCUAGGUCAUACACAUUCUAGUUGGGUUUUUGGUGCAAUUGCAGAGUUUGUUGAUAAUUCAAGAGAUGCAAAAGCAACCAAGUUUGAAAUCUCUAUUGGUUUAAUAUAUUUGAAAUCUAUUGAAAAGGAAGUUCCUAUGCUCUCCGUUAUCGAUGAUGGGUGUGGUAUGAGCCAUCAGGAAAUUUUGCGAAUGAUAUCAUUUGGGCACAGACAACCACAGGAAGAUAACCCUGACCGCAUUGGGAGGUUUGGUAUUGGCUUUAAGACGGGGGCAAUGGCACUUGGGAAGGAUGCUCUAGUUCUUACACAGACUACAAACUCAAGAUCAAUAGCUUUCCUCUCUCAAUCAUUAAAUGAAGGAAAAGAUAAUCUGGAAAUUCCUAUUAUAAGUUACCGCAAAACUGGGCAGCUGAUGGAGCUGGAUGCAAAAGCACAUGAUGAGAUCCUGGCGAAGUCUAAUUUGAAAACCAUAAAGAAAUUUUCACCGUUUGAUAAGUAUUUCAUUGGUGAAAAAACGGGCCUCUUUAAUGAAAAUGGCACGGGAACACAGAUAUAUAUAUGGAAUUUGAGUAAAUGGGGAUCCAAUUAUAACCUGGACUGGGAUCCUGGAAUGAGUGGUGGAAGUUCAUUCCAUCAAGGUGACAUACUCAUACAUAACAAACGGAUCAGAACACGACCUGGACAAAUGACUCAAAUGGUGCCAUUGGACUAUUCACUGAAGUCUUAUCUACAAGUCAUCUUUUUUGAUCCUCGAAUGAAGAUGUAUGUUCAAGGAGCACAGGUUCAGAGUUGCUCAUUGGCAAGGUCUCUUAAUAAUACUGUUGUAGAAAAUGGUAAUAUUUUGGGAAGGCCAGUUCAACUUACCCUGGGGCGCAAUCAAAUGGAAUGGGAGAAUGCUAAUUGUGGGAUUUUUCUAUAUUGGCAUGGCCGUUUAAUAGAGGCUUACAAGAGAGUUGGAAGCAUGAUUCACAACGGAGAUAAAGGUCGUGGAAUCAUAGGUGUCAUUGAAGUUAAGAAUAUAAUGGAUGAUGGUUGCGGUCAUGUUUGGGUGCAUAACAAUAAGCAGGGGUUUCUUGAUUGUGAGGCCUAUGUUGAACUGGAGAUGUGGUUGGGCGAAGUAGUAGAUAAGUACAUUGACGAACAUGUGGAUAAAGUGGAAUUGCAAAGAAGCAACCGUUACUACAAACCUGAUAAUGAUUGGGUACAGUGUGACAAAUGUAGAAAGUGGAGAAUGCUGCCUCCUGCAUUUGAUGCCAGGCUUUUACCUCUAGAUUGGUUUUGCUUUAUGUAUCCGUUUCGUGGUAAAUGUGAGAUGCCUGAACAGACUGUUGAGGAUGGAGUCAUUACAGUCUCUUCGAAACGUUCCCGUAAGUCUAAUGACCACACACCGUCAGAAAGAGGCAAGCCUGCAUCUCAAGGCCCAAUAAGGCUCUCCGGAGACGAAAAGACAAUGAGUGAGGCACCGGAUUGCCAGGAAGAGCGUUUGAUGUCCCAGAGACCUAGAAGAGGGUGUCGAAAACGUCGAGCUUGGUCACCUGUUUUUUUGAAAACCCCCAAUUACGGACGAAGUGCAGAUUGACCAGGCCCCUUCACUCAACUUAGAUUCUAACACAUGUACAGCAAAGCAGUAAAAGCUAACACGCGGAAGGUAUGGCUAAAGGUAUCCCAUUGCUUGUGAUGGUUCUAUGCUCCUUAUGUUGCGUUUAUAACCAGACUCUAUAUGAACUUUUUUGAGUUUCUUUUUUCUUUCUUUGAAGAAAAGAAAACUAGAGUUCAUUCUGAGAUAUGGUUGUUUUUUUGCACAUAAAAGUACCUGAAGGAG